ACCAGUUUCCAUCCCAAGAAAAAACCUACAAAGUUGCAGGAAAUUUUUGUUACAAGAUUUGUGGUGAUAAAAUAUUUGCUAAUGGCUAAACUCAGAAGCCUCAUGCUCUUCCUUAUCUCAUGUCUUUGCAUAGAAUAUCCAUACUCUUCUUGUCAAGAAUAUUUACUUACUCUAAAGCAAGGCCAACAGAUCAGGGUUGGGGAGCAUCUACUUUCUGCAGCAGGUCUCUUCAAAUUAGGCUUCUUCAAGCCUGGCUCUUCAAGUUACUAUUACUUAGGAAUAUGGUACAGCAAACUACCACAUCAUCCAGAAUCAGUGUGGGUGGCAAACCAGGAUGAUCCGAUCACUGAUUCAUCUGGGGUUCUUACCUUGGACGACCAAGGAUUGUUGAAGAUAGCACGAAAUGGAGGGCAAGCAAUUGUGAUAAAUCCCAACCAGGCAGUCUCAAGUAAUGUGACUGCCACCCUCUUGGAUUCUGGGAACUUAGUGAUAGAAGAGGUAGAUUCUAAUGGCACUGUAGGGCGAGUAUUGUGGGAAAGCUUUAAUUAUCCAACCAAUACACUACUUCCUGGAAUGAGACUAGGCAUGAACCCAAUGAGUGGAUAUAGUUGGGCACUAAAUUCAUGGUUAAGUGACCAAAUUCCAGCACCAGGAGCUUUCAGGCUCGGUGUGGACCCCGGUAGUGCCAAUCAAUUGAUCAUCUGGAAGCGAGAGGAUAUAUACUGGACUAGUGUAGUCUGGAAUAAUGGGCGCUUUCAGAAUAUGGCCCCUGAUUCAAGAACAUAUGAAUUUAGCUUUGUGUCAAAUGAGGAUGAAAAGUACUUCUCGUAUUCUGUUAAGGACAAUUCUACUAUUUCAAGGUGGGAGCUGAAUUCUUGGGGGCAGAUCUUGCAGUUCACUUUAGCUUCGGAUGGUACUACAUGGCAAAACACUACUACCAGUCCAUGCAAAUUCAAUGUGAACCAUCCAAAUGCGGUUUGCAUACAACAGAAUCCCACAGAAUGCAGAAACAGUUCUGAGUUGUUUGUGCCAGCAAUAGGUUAUUAUAAAGAACAGCAAUUAGUUUUUUCUAACUCUAAUUCCAGCUUGGCUCUCAGUGAUUGUCACACUAGCUGCUGGAAUAAUUGCUCCUGCAUUGCCUAUGGAACUCAUUUUGACAAUGGGACUGGAUGUGAAUUUUGGAGUAAGGGAGCAAGUUUCAUCCGGAAUCCGAACUUCAAUGCUGUUUACAUCUUAUCGCAAGGAAAUAGUACAGAGGGUACACCUACAGGAGGCACAGAGGAAGAUUCAGGGAGAAGUAUAAAGCAUUUGUGGUGGAUCGUUGUUAUUGCACCUGCUCUAGCAAUGCUAUUUGUGGGUUACUUCUGCUACAAAAGAAGGAUAAAGCAAAACAAUGUAGAAGGAGAAACAAGCCAAGACAAGGCGUUAAUCGAGUUAAGAUCCCUGCCACUCUUCAGACUCAAGGAUAAGAUCAAAAGAGGCACAGACAAGGGCCACAACUUUCAGUUAUAUAGUUUUUCUGAAAUUUCGGCUUUAACAGAGAGCUUCUCAUUGUCCAACAAGCUAGGAGAGGGUGGUUUUGGACCAGUUUACAAGGGUGUGUUACUAGAUGGACAACAUGUUGCAGUGAAAAGACUCGCAAGAAAUUCAGGACAAGGGCUUGAGGAAUUCAUGAAUGAGAUUACACUAAUAGCUGAACUUCAACAUGUGAAUCUCGUUACGCUCUUGGGUUGUUGCAUUCACGAAAACGAGAAGAUACUGAUCUACGAAUACAUGCCCAAUAAAAGCUUGGACUCCUUUAUUUUCGAUCCCACCAAAAAGAAACUUUUGGAUUGGAGAAUGCGCACUGGCAUUAUUGAAGGGGUUGCACAAGGACUUCUUUAUCUUCAUAAGUAUUCCAGAUUGAAAAUAAUACACAGAGACUUAAAAGCAAGUAACAUCUUACUUGGCAAUGAUAUGAACCCUAAAAUAUCAGAUUUUGGCAUGGCUAGAAUUUUUGGGGAGAAUGAGUCCAGAGCAAAUACAAAGAGGGUUGUUGGGACAUAUGGCUAUAUGUCCCCCGAGUAUGCCAUGAAUGGAAUUUUCUCUGUCAAGUCUGACGUUUACAGUUUUGGGGUCCUAUUGCUGGAGAUUGUGAGUGGUAGGAAGAACACAAUCUUCUCCUCAUCGGGCAUUCUCGCCCUUAUAGAACAAGCAUGGGAUUUGUGGAAGCAAGGUGAUAUUCUUGAGUUUAUAGACCCAUAUCUGGACUCCUCAUGUCCCAGAGCUGAAGUUUUCAGAUACAUCCAUGUUGGUCUCCUAUGUGUGCAGGAAAGUGCAGCAGAUAGACCAACUAUGUCAGAUAUCAUCCCCAUGUUCACCAAUGAGGGGAUGUUCCUACCUGAACCAAAACAACCCGCAUAUUCUAUUGGCAGAAGUGAAGCAGGUUCAACAUUACCUGAUGGAAAGUUGGUCUUUAAUUCGGUAAAUUGUGUAUCCAUAUCUGUAAUGGAAGCAAGAUAGAGAUACUGUUAGUUUUCUUGCAUCCCCCUGAAAAAUUCGGGAACCUUAAAACUCUUUAGGCAGAAAUCGUGUUACAUGCAACCUAGCGAUUUUUUCUA